UCUGUUACCCUUGCUCGGUGAGAAUAUAUUGACACGGACUAGACCAGAAAAAAACGUCACUUUAGACUUUUUUUUGUAGAGCUUUCAUUUGUUUUAAGAACUGUAUUGUAGACCCAAGUGUUGUUAGAAUUAAAACUUUUUAGACCUGACGCGCUCUCUUCCUAUUUCUAGCGCCUUGAUAACGCUGCCAACGUUGGCCUGCUGUGUUCCUCAUCACAAUAAUUCGAUCCCAGAGCUCAGUAAAGUGGAAUCAAUGUUACUCUACACAUGGAGACUGACGGGAUGACCCAGCGGGUGUUUUACUAGAAUCAUCUGGGCAGGAGACGAGCUGAUCGCUGUGAUGAAGGACCGACUGGCCGAACUGACUGCUACUAGGCCACGAGCAGAGGAGGAUGUCACAGUCGCAGUGGACAGAGAUGGCUUCAUGGAGAGCUUUUUCAGAAAGGUGGAAGAAGUCAGAGGACUCAUUGAUAAGAUCUCCCACCAUGUGGAAGAGGUGAGGAAGAUACACAGCAUGAUCCUGUCAGCACCCAACCCAGAUGACAAAACAAAAGAGCAGCUGGAUGCACUGACCAUCGAUAUCAAAGGCAAUGCCAACGUGGUGCGAGCCAAACUAAAAUCCAUGGAGCACAGUAUGCCCAAAGACGAUGUGGCUAACAGAUCCACUGUUGACUUCAGGAUCCAGAAAACGCAGCACACAGUGCUGUCCAGGAAGUUUGUGGAGGUCAUGACCCAGUACAAUGAGACUCAAGUGUCCUUUCGGGAAAGAAGCAAAGGAAGGAUCAAGAGACAGCUGGAGAUAACUGGAAAAGUGACCACAAAUGAAGAACUAGAGGGCAUGUUGGAAAGUGGAAAUCCAUCUAUCUUCACAUCUGAUAUCAUAUCUGAUUCCCAGAUCACACGUCAGGCCCUGAAUGAGAUAGAGUCCCGGCAUCAGGACAUUAUGCGUCUGGAGUCGAGCAUCAGAGAGCUCCAUGCAAUGUUCAUGGACAUGGCAAUGUUGGUAGAAACUCAGGGCGAAAUGGUUAACAACAUUGAAAAGAACGUCUCCAAUGCAGCCGAAUACAUUGGUAGUGCAAAGGAGGAGACCAAAAAGGCAGUGAGAUACCAGAAAAAAUCCCGGAGGAAACUUCUGGGCCUUAUCAUGUGUGUGGUCGCAGGUUUACUCCUUUUACUCAUCAUAAUAGUUGGAGUCUUUGAGUCAUGACUCCCACCCUUACUGCAGUCAGCAGGAUGCAGUUCCAGUGGUGAUGAAACAAAGAAGAGCUUCAUAAUAAGACAACAAUAAGUCUUUCUCAAUCCAACAGCAUUACAGAGGGGAUCUCUGGAACCGCACUGGAGUAAGUAUAAUGUGUGUGAUCCACUUUGCAGCAGUAACAUCAGACCUCAUGAUAAACUGUCCUGGAGCAACACUGUACUGUAUAGCUAGAACAAAGGAUCCUGUCAGCACACAUCCCCUACACUCAGCCUUCAUAUAAUGAACACUGACAGCACAUCGGAUUUUAAAACUGGUGUCCGUUCUGUAAUGCUGACAUUUUUUCAAUGUUGAAGGUAGGGUUUGUAAUCUUCUUUAAAAACAUUUUUGAUAUUUCUGUUGAAAUUUUCAUUACAUCUUGACAAAAAUCAAUGAAUCAAAUGCUUUGACAAAAACAAAAACAAAAAAUCCAGUAUGUAAUGAUUGAACGGACUGCCUGCCUGCUGCCUCUCUGCACUCAUUGGUCUUACAGAAGCUGCCUGUUUGACAGCUGUGAGUGCUAACGAUAGCCAUGUUCAUUGUUUAUGUUCAUAAUAUAUUUCAUUUAGCCUACUUUGUGAGUUUUCUAAAGAUUACCAACCCUAGCUUUAAGUAUCGUUCACAGAUAUUUCUUUGUCAAAUGAUUUCAGAGGAAAUUUUGGUAAAUAAGCUCAUUCGUCUUCUUGCUGAAAGUUAUAUAAGAGGAUUGAUUAUGGCUCAUGUCUGUACCAGCAGCUGCUGUAAUAGCUUAGCUUAGCAUGAAGACUGGGAACAGAAAGACAUCUAGCCUGGCUCUGCCAAAAGUUAAAAAAAAAUGGUUAUGUGCCAAACUAUUUCUUGGCCAGGCGCAGUGACUUCCUGGAGUCUUGUUGUUAUUGUGAGGUUGCCAGGCAACUAGCCGAUGCUCCAGGAGGCCACUUCUUCUAGCACACAGGCCUUCGUAAACAAUGUGUUGUUUUUAACACUACUGUUUGAGUACAGAUUAAACAAACAAGAUAUAAUGUGGUUGUCAGAGAGUGUUAGAGAUGGUUGGCUGAUCUUGUUACCUUUAGGCAGAGCCAGGCUAGCUGUUCCCAUUUGUUCCCAGUCUUUGUGCUAAGCUAAGCAGCUGCAGCAUCAUAUUUGGCCUGCAGACGUGAGAGUGAUAUUCUCAUCUAACUCUUGACAAGAAUUGAACUAUAGUUAUUGUGACAAUUGUCUUUAUAAAUUAAUGGCAUAAUUUGUGUUUACAUGUUCAAAUGUAUGCUCAUGCUUUUGUUCUCUUGUCCUUUUAUGCAUUUACUAUAAUUCAUGUGAAUUACAGUAAAUAUUAAGAAAAUAUAUUCUAGUUUUCUAGUGAACUGUGUCUCAAUCGGACAAAAUAUUUUCAGAUCGAUCGAAUAUAAUUCAUCCCCUCAUUCAACAACUCUAAAUCAACAACCUUAUAAAAGUGCCUUGUUGACAUUUUAUAAGAAACCUUAACUUAUUGAAUAUAUUUUAUUUAUCAGGACCAAGCUGUGUGAUGACUGAAAUAUUUAUUGUGAAAAGAGUUAUGCUACAUUGUAGGACUCUUGGAUUAUGUUAUUUCAAGAGCACACAUUUUUAAUUUUGAUACAUUUGAUUCUUGUAAGUUAUAUCUUGUUUUUUAUAUCGAAACAGAGUAAUUAAGUCAUGUAAUUAAAAGAUAAAGA